CCAGAUCAUCAGAGAUGCCAUCAUACCAUCGCACGGCCAAACCAUGCGCCGGCAAGUAGCAUCCCAAUGGCGGAGCUCUUGCUCAUCCUACAACGCCCUCUCCAGACCGCGUGUCGCUGCCAUUGAACCCCUUUGUCGGCGCUAUGUACGUGUCUUUGCCACCCCAAGCUCCAUGUCGCCGGAGGUUGGCGCGGAGGGAAUAGAGCUGGGCUUAGAAUCUGCGAGUCGCCAGCCUGAUGCGAAGUUCGAAGUUCUAGGCGCGCCGUUCUCGUUGCUUUCGGUGCAGCUAUCGCCGUCGCAGAACUUAUACACAAGGCGAGGCACUCUUGUCGCGGUAGCUGGCAAGGCAGAAAAUGCUGUGUCGACACUUUCGCUCCUCUCGCCUCUCACACGGGCACCUCUCGGCAUUCCAUUCCUGUACCAACGUAUUUCAUCCUCUUCGCCCCUCUCCUUGUUGAUAAGUACGAAGUCGCCCCUGACUUCCUUCACGGUCCUGCAUCUGGAUGGUCGAUUGGACUGGAUGCUUGCCCAGCGAUCUGCGCUUCUCGCUUGGUCCGGCCACAAUCUGACCAUCCGCCCGCGCAUGAACAGCCGUCUCUCACUGCAGCAUUGGGGCAAUACAUUUGCCUCAGGCCGUGGCCUCAUCGCGCUUGUGGGCAAAGGCCAGAUCUACCAGGUGUCCUUGAAAGAGGGUGAGGAGUACGUCGCGCAUCCAAGCAACGUGCUUGCGUACUCAAUGAAUGGGCAUCCGCCGCAACCGUACCGCUUCCGCUCUACCACGCUCAAAAUGCAGGUCCCUUCUCUGACGGGAUACUUGCCGGAAACCCGCUUCUUCGUGGAGAUGCGCAAGUCGCCGCUGUGGAAGUUCCUCGCUCGGGCGCUGUACAACAUACGUACUUGGACGCGCAGAAACGUGUGGGGCGACAGGCUGUUUUUGCAAUUCAAGGGCCCAACGACGAUUCUGGUGCAGAGCAGGGGAGCCAGGCUUGCAGACAGCCUUAGUGCGAGAGAGGUAAAUGAGAUCGCCGAUGUGCCGGCUGGCGUAGUGCAAGCCGCUCUCCGAGGAGAGACUGCCGGGCUCAAUGCUGAGGCAACAGAGCCGGAGAAGAAGGCAGAGUCCCUAUCCAAAGAGAAGUCGGUUCGGCAGUCCACGAGCGAGCCCGCCGAGACGAAGCCGGCCGGUGUUAUAUGGGCGACUGUGAGUCGUGAAGGCAAAGUGGAUUUCAAGGCGCAGGACGAGAAACCUUAGACGCAGGUCUUCCUAUUCGUUAUGUAACAACAGCAUGAAAUGUAUAGUACAGAAAAUUGGCUAUGAGUGCCUCUGUUCAAUCUAUUUGGCCGCAAAAAAAAUGCAAUUGUCGGGCCACAUCGUCUCA